CAAGAAGUAAGUCCAAGGAGGGCACGAUAAAUAGUUUAUAAUCUGUACACUUUUGCGAUUACCCAGACACUACUUGCUCGUUGGGAUUCAGCACAGCAAAAAGGUUGUUCUAAAUAAUAUUAAAAUGGCCAAGUCUCUACGCUCGUUGGCUGGUAACUCAAAGCAUGUCUACGACUACGUAAUUGUAGGCGGAGGCAGUGCUGGCUGUCUCAUGGCUAAUAGAUUGUCCUCCGACCCGUCGGUACGUGUUGCCCUGUUGGAAACAGGUCCCGAUGAUAAUACGCCUAUUGUACAGCAAGCCGUUGGCUACUUCUGGGCUGUACCUUACAGUAGGAAGUACAAUCAUCGAUUCUAUUCCAAACCCGAGAAACACUGCAACAACAGAGUGCUUUUGCAACCGCGCGGUCGUGUGUUGGGAGGAUCCUCAAGUAUCAACGCAAUGUUGUACAUUCGCGGUUCAAAGCACGAUUACGACGACAGAUGGGUUAAGGAGGCAGGGUGCAAGGGAUGGGAUUACGAAACAAUGCUGAAUGCGUUCAAGCUGCACGAGAACAACGACACGCUGCAUGACGAAUACCACGGAACCAGCGGACCUCUACAAGUGCGUACCAUGGAGUGCAAAUAUCCAAUAGAUUCGGCCAUGAUUCAGGGUUCCAUUGACCUCGGAUUGAAAGAAAAUCACGACUUCAACGGAGCUGAACAAGACGGUGUUGGGCGAUACCAAUCUACACAAAGAUCCGGAAAUAGAUGUUCUGCAGCUAGGGCAUUUUUGCCGCCCGAAGUUCGUAACCGACCUAACCUGGACGUAAUUGUGGACGCACACGUUACCAGGGUAACCACCGAGGGCAAGAAGGCUACUGGUGUGCAGGCUGUUGUUUCCAGGAGCAAGAAUGCCGAUAAUGCUGUCACGUUCGAAUCCGCUAACGAUGUCAUUCUGUGCGGCGGAGCGUUUAAUUCACCUCAGCUUUUGCUGCUGUCUGGUAUUGGACCCAAAGAGGAAGUUACGAAACACGGUAUAGAAUUAGUACAUGAACUACCGGGUGUGGGUCAGAACAUGCAGGAUCACCCUGAUGUAGGUGUGAAUGCCAAGUCAAAGCACAAUGUUUCGCAUCCGUUGCAAAUUGGCGCGUCGGGACUAAGCUUGCAGGCGAAUCAUGCCAAAAUGAUGGGCGAGGGAAAGGGAUGCUAUUCAGGAGAGUUCGGAAUUGCUGGAGCGUUCUUCAAGACUAUGGAGGGUUCCAAGGCCGCCGAUGUCCAACAGCACUUGUGUCCAUUCUACUACAAAAACCACGGAGCGAUCAUGACGUACGGAUCAGGGCUGACCAUCAAGAACUGUGUCCUGCGAGGUCAGUCUCGAGGAUCAGUUACGCUCGACUCAUCCGACCCCAUGGCCCCACCAGCACUCGAGAUGGGCUUCUUCAAGGACGACUAUGACAUGGAAGUCAUGAUAACUGGAAUCAGAGCGAGUUUGAAUCUGCUGAAGACCCAGGGCUGUGUUGAUCAGGGUCUAACGUUGUGCGGGUUCAAGGAUCCCAAUAACAUCGGUGAUGACGAGAUCCGCGAAUACAUUCGCAACAAUGUUGACACCGUGUACCACCCAGUGUCAACAUGUGCAAUGGGACCCGAUAGUAACCCGAUGAGUGUUGUCGGAUACAACAACGGUCUGAAGGUGCACGGUAUGGAAGGACUCCGCGUGAUCGAUGCGAGUACGAUGCCUCUUAUUAUCUCAGGCAACACAAACGCACCUACAAUGGCCCUAGCACAGGUGGCAUAUGAUCAGAUGGUGGCGUGCAAGGAUGUGAAGAACACGGACAGCAGUAUCGUUUCUUGCCAGGUAAAGGCGGAUGAGAGGUUAACCGUCAGUGCAUAAGUGUAAGUCGAGACUCGACUAGAUAAGACUUGUUUGGAACGACUUGAAGUAGAAUGUCUUUUACUUGUACGAAAAGUGUUCUUUGCAAAAUAUAAAAAUUAAUAGUAAGAUAAAUAC